AUGAAAAUCCAAAGAAGAAGCCUAGCCAAAGAAAUCAAAGCUCAACGUCCCUUAUUAUUUAAUUAAUCAGGUGUUUCUCCCAUAUGCACAAAAUUGUAUUCGUAAAAAUUAAACGAUUUCAAAAAUGUUGAAUCCUACGUCAAACUUCGAUCAAUGAAAUGUGAUAAGAGUAUAUCGUUGUUAAAUUGUUCUAAAUAAAUAUGUAGAAUAGAUGAACAGAUGCCUUAGGUUAAACGUAUUACUCAAGCAAGAAUUAAUAAUCCUAAUGAAUCCAGAAUACUUACUAGAUAAGUGAUAAAAGAUUGUUUAGAGAAAAGAAAAAGAAGAUUUGAAAGCACAGAUGAAUCAUUCAAAAAUUUAUAUCUCCUCUAAGAUAAAUCGGCUGAGUAAUACUAAAAUUAUCUCAGCAAACAUAUUGAAGAUUCUAUACAGUUAAAGGAAUCUAUCUCCUUUAAUUUGGAUAGACAAUCAAAAUAAUAACUUUACUUCAAGUUAAAAGAUCUAAAUAAAAAUUUAAAUGCCUAUUAAAAAUAAGACUACAGCUAUCCAUAAAAAUUUAAUCAAAUGGAAAUAACAUUACGUAGUACUGUUGAACCAAGCAUUACAGAUAUCUCUCCCUUAACAUUUGUGAAGAAAUAGAAAAUACAAAAAUUAAGGAUAAGCUGA